AUGCGCACCUCACGGAUCGCAAAGGACACUACAAAAGUGCUACAGGCACUGUCUCCGCCUGGGAAAAGACGCACUCGCAGUGCCCUUACCUCUAAUGCCUUGCAGAGCUUUGCAUUUUCUGAAAACUCCGCUGGGGAUAUCAGCUCUGAUCUUCCGCCAAAACAAGAAGCUCUAAUCAGUGACGAUGAUGGCUCCUCGCUCUCCUCUGCAAAUACGGAUGAUAUCGAAGACCUAUUGGCCCCUGCAGCCAAACGACGGAAGACCAGAGCAGCUUCUACCAGGUCUCCUCGCAAGGUUAUCGUAAAGCAGGAGACUCCAAAGGCCAGCUCAAAUGGCGCCAAAGCACGUCGCAUGCCAGCGCGUAAAGUGACUGCCACAGAUGGUUCGGUUGUAGUCCAGCCGCCUUCCAACUGGGAGACUAUCUAUUCAAUAGUCAAGAAAAUGAGAGAAGAAAAUCCCACGGCCCCGGUUGAUACCAUGGGUUGCGCUGAGCUGUACUGGCGAGGUUCAUCUCCUCGAGAUAGGAGAUUCCAGACUCUCGUCGCUCUCAUGCUGUCUUCCCAGACUAAAGACACUGUCACUGCUGUGGCCAUGCAGCGGCUGCACACCGAGCUGGGAGAACAGAAAACCGCUCCUGUAGCGUCCCCAAUCAUCAAGGCAGAGGAUGAUGAAGGUAAGGACCAGGUAGCGGCUAAGGAUAGCACACUGAAUCUCGAGAAUAUUCUUGCCGUCUCUCCAGAGCGCCUUAACGAACUCAUUCGUACCGUUGGCUUUCACAACAAUAAGACCAAAUAUAUCAAGGCCGCUGCUAUUAUCCUUCGCGAUGAGUAUAACUCAGAUAUCCCAGACACGGCUGAAAAGCUCAUGAAGCUCCCGGGAGUUGGUCCCAAGAUGGCUUAUCUCUGCAUGAGUGCGGCGUGGGGCAAGCACGAAGGGAUCGGAGUCGAUGUCCAUGUCCAUCGUAUCACGAAUCUGUGGGGGUGGCAGAAGAGCAAGAACCCUGAAGAGACUCGCAAGGCGUUAGAAUCCUGGCUACCAAAGGAUAAGUGGCAUGAGAUCAACAAGCUUCUUGUUGGCUUGGGACAGACAGUCUGCUUGCCUGUGGGAAGAAGGUGUGGGGAGUGCGAGGUUGCUGGAAAAGGCCUUUGCAAGAGCGAAAUAAAAGGAUUGAUUCCAAAAGGGAAUCGUGGCAUCAUUGUGGGAAAGAAAGAGACCCUGGAUGAGAAAUCCUUUGCUAUUGGGGAGGUUAAGUCCUUUCGUAUUUUCACGAUGGAGCUCUUCAGUGACACUGACAUGGUCGACGCGGCCAUCGAAUCCGACUUCGACGAGGACUACUUCGACACGGACUUCGACGUGGACAUGGCCGAUAUGGCGUUUGAAGAUCCCUGUGUCGAAGCUGGCCCAGCAGUCUCGAUGGCCGCCUCAAAGACCUUUCUCGAUCUCCCAGAAAAGGUCAGGGUUCGCAUCUACGAGUAUUAUGGUCUUGUCAGGUCGUGCCCAGUCGACGUGGUCUAUGAAAAGGGGAGGUCCAAGAAUCACAACCGCUCUGCCUGCUUGGAGUACCCUGACAAAAGGGAUAUGGUUGGAAACUGGAACACCACUUUUGGCGCGAGAAACUGUGACCAUCCGCCAUUGCCUCUUGAUAUAUUUCUGGUUUCACACGCGGUCUACCGUGACGCCUUCUCAACAUUCUACAGCAAGAACAAGUUCACAGUCUUUCUGCGCCGUCGAUCCGAUCUUGUGACGUUUCGUAUUUCGGCUGCUCGCGGUCUAAAGCACAUCCGCUCGAUUCACGUCGAUCUGCAGACCUACGAUAACAGGACCAUUAAGGCGGACAUGGUGGAGGUCGACUGUCAUCGUGCAUGUCUUAACCUGUGGCGCUCUUUCUCCCAGGUUAUCGCCACUGGGAUGCCUAGACUCAGGUACUUCAGCAUCAAGUGUCGAGUCAAGGAUCCCGAGACUGCCAUGGCGGUUGUCGAGAACCUUGAAGACUUCCCGGCCCUCGCUGGGUGCUCAUUCUACUUCAAUGCGCUGCCUCUACCCAGUGUCAUUUCCGUGGCGAGAGAUGCAGCUGAGUACGCAACUACAGUUGUUAAGGAUACAUCCGAACCAUUUCCGUUCCUAAAGCUUCCGAAGGAGCUACAGCUUAUGGUCUGGCGUCAUCUCCUAGUUGUCCGUUGGGAUCCAUUCAUACAUAGCUCCAAGGCAUGCGCCGGACUCACUACGUUUCAAAGCCACAAGUGCGAACGUGCACAGGAUACCAGCUAUCUGAUGUGUUGUGGAACUUGCUCUAUGACCGGAGCCACUUGCUUUUGCUCCUACGGACAGACUGCUCUCUCCUCGACCUGUUCCUGCUUUAGGUCACCGCUUCCGUACUUCCUUGUCAACCGGGAGAUGUACGAAGACGCGUCCGGGAUUUUCUAUACCAGCAACCGCUUUGCGUUCAUUCAGGAGAACCCUGACCAGAUGAUGAGGUUCUUGCACCCCUUCUCGAAUGCAACUCUGGCAAAGAUACGUUAUUUGAUCGUCAAGUUUCCGCCUUCUCAUCGAUCUUUUGGCAGUCCGGCUCCGAAGCUUGAGCGUUCCUUGCAGCUUUCCUGGUCGAUCCUCCUUCGUUUCUUCAAGGAACACUUUUGCAUGGACCGGCUCUCGCUCACCAUCGUGGAUCUUGGGACACUGGGUUCGCCUCUCAUUCGAAGUGAGAGAAACGGAUAUCUGCGACGCUUUUUCCAGGUGUUUUCGGCCCUGCGUGGUAUUCAUUCCUUUCAAGUCUACCUCCUAGACGACCAUGAAUAUGAAUCCACCGCGGAGCAGAUCGUCAUGGGCCCGGGAUACGUCUCUGUAAAGAGCAACGACUUCCCAUUCCUCGGCCACAGAUGCAUCACGAAGUCUCGUACCUGA